AUGAAUGGCAUGGAUUAUAUUUGGAUCUUCACAGGUCAUCUCCUCCAAAACCUGGCACUGAAUCAGAAUGCUGUACAGUCCUCAAACAAUGACAGCCUGGGUUUUGCUGACAAGGCAGUUGAUGGCAACAGAGACUCGAGCUAUCAAAGAGGGUCCUGCACACUUACCACAUUACAAUCUGAUCCCUGGUGGAGGGUAGACCUGAAAAAAGUGUACACAAUCGGCGCUGUACUAAUUACCAGUACAGAAGAACUAGAAAACGGGCUAGGUGGUGCUGAAAUUUGGAUUGGAAAUUCCUUCACUUUCUUUCUCUGUCUUUUGGGCUCUUGCAUACACAGGUGUGCUGUGAUCUCUCACUUUCCCAGUGGACAGACAUCUUACUUUCCCUGCAAGUCUUUUGAAGGACAAUAUGUCACUGUGUUUCUCCCUGGAAGCAAGAAGAUCCUAAGUCUCUGUGAGGUUGAAGUGUACUAUGGAUACCCAUUACCCAAUUUAGCACUUAAAGGAGAAGCUACUCAGUCAUCUACGCUGUCUUUUGCUGCUGCAUCCAAAGCCAUUGACGGUAGACGGAACUCGUUCUAUACCAAUGGGUUCUGCAGCCACACUGCAGAAGACGAGACCAACCCCUGGUGGCGGGUAGACCUGCAGCACAGCUUUACAAUCACUACUGUAAAAGUCACCAACAGAGGAGAUUGCUGUGCUGAAAGACUGGAUGGAGCUGAGAUCCGAAUAGGGAACUCACUGGAGAACAAUGGAAACAAUAAUCCCAAGUGUGCUUCCAUCUCCCACAUAAAAGCGGGUAAAACCUACACAUACCAGUGUGAUGGAGGCAGCAUGGAGGGUCGCUUUGUGAACCUGUUUCUUCCUGGACAGAAGAAAACUCUCACCCUGUGUGAAGUGGAGGUGUAUGCUGCCCGAGUGGAACCGCUUCCAAAUGUGGCCUUAAACAAAGAAACAGUACAGUCGUCGACUUGGUCUGGGACAGAAUAUUGGGCCUCAAAAGCUGUCGAUGGAUGCAGAAAUGGAGAACUGCAACAAGGAUGCUGUACCCACACUUCACCAACAGAGGACUCUCCCUGGUGGCGCAUAGACUUGUUGGGUCUCCAUAAGGUCACUGCUGUCACCAUCAUCAACAGAGGCAGUGGUGCAGCUUACAGGCUUAUUGGGGCGCAGAUCUUGAUUGGGAACUCACUGGAUCAAAAUGGAAUUACAAACUCCAUGUAG